UGGGCGGGGCAGGGGAGCCCUAUAAUUGGAGGAGUCCGGGAUCCCUGAGUCCUACUCAGCCAGAGCGGAGGCGAAAGACCGGUUGCUCGGGAGUCGACUGACCGGCGCUGAAGAUGAAGGUUCUGUGGGCUGCGUUGGUGGUCACACUCCUGGCAGGAUGCCAGGCCCAUGUGGAGGAGGAGGUGAAGCUGGCACCGGAGCCAGAAUGGUGGCAGGUCAGCCAGCCCUGGGAGCAGGCGCUGGGCCGCUUCUGGGAUUACCUGCAGUGGGUGCAGACGAUGUCUAACAAGGUGCAGGAGGAACUGCUCAGCACCCAGGUCACCGAGGAACUGUCGAAGCUGAUGGAGGAGACCAUGGGGGAGGUGAAGGCCUACAGGAAGGAGCUGGAGACGCAGCUGGGCCCCAUGACCCAGGAAACGCAUAACCGCCUGACCAAGGAGCUGCAGGCAGCGCAGGCCCGACUGCGGUUGGACAUGGAAGACGCGCGCACCCGCCUGACCCAGUACCGCAGCGAUGUGCAGACCAUGAUGGGCCAGAACUCCGAGGACGUGCGGGCCCGCCUGGCCUCCCAGCUGCGCAAGCUGCGCAAACGGCUGCUCCGCGACGCCGACGACCUGCAGAAGCGCCUGGCUCUCUACCGAGUCGGGGCCCGCGAGGGCGCGGAGCGCGGGGUCGGCGUCUUCCGCGAGCACCUCUUGCCGCUGGUGGAGCAGGGCCGCAAGCACGCCAUCACCGCCAGCCAGCCGCUGCGGGAGCGGGCGGAGGCCUGGAGCGAGCAGAUGCGCGGAAAGCUGGAGUCGAUGGGCAGCCGGGCCCGCGACCGCCUGGAUGACGUGCGCAACCAGAUGGAGGAGCUGCAGACCAAGAUGGAGGAGCAGGCCGACCAGGUGCGCCUGCAGGCGGAGGCCUUCCAGGCCCGCCUCAAGGGCUGGUUCGUGCCCCUGGUGCAAGACAUGCAACGCCAGUGGGCCGGGCUGGUGGAGAAGAUGCAGUUGGCCUUGGGCGCCAGCCCCACCUCCACCCCGGUGCCCAGCGAGAAUCAAUGAGUGCUGGCCACGCCUGGUGGACCCCACUGCGGCCACCUCCGUGCCCCUCCCCUCUGCCAGCCUGCAGGGCCCUGUCCCUGCCCCACGGCCCCCUGGGGGCCCUGGCUUAAUAAAGGUUCAGCAAACUUCACAGCA